ACUCCCCCGUGCUUCCUCUUUCCUCCUCCACUCCCUCUCCCUACCACCCCACCACCGUCGUCUCCUCCGCCUCUGGCUUCCUCCCCGACCACGCUGAUUCCGUUUUUCGCACCCUCCGCUCUCUGUUUCUUCUGAUGGUUCGAACUCCGCGUCGCCUCCCUCCCUCUCCGUUGCCGCCGCCCUCGUCUCCUUCCGGAGCCACAUGUUCCGCGUGCCGCGCCGCAUCGUGGAUCUGAUGGGUCGGGACUUCAACUUCUCAGACAUCCUCUCCCUGUUCCCGGGUGCGUGUCAUCUCGAUGCCCCUAUGACCUACAACUGUUUGUUGAAAUGCCACUCUGGCUCCGGGAUGACCGGCCAGUCCUUGCAGGUCUUUCUGCGGGCACGCAGGAUGUGUGUCUCGGCUUCUCGCACCGUUAUCUCACAACUUUUGGAUUCUUUAGUCGAUAUGGGUAAAAUGGAUGCAGUAUUGGAAAUGCAUGAACAAUGUCCAGAUCUUUACAGCGCUGUAAUGAGUAAACUUUUGGAGAAGGGAUAUGCUGGAGUUGCUUUAAAAUUUCACAGGAGAUUAAUGGAGAGAGGUUCUGUGCUCCAAAUUCUUGAACUAAACAGGCUUCUGAAUACUCUGUGCAAGCAGAAUCGGAUCAGUGUAGCAUUUGAUAUUUUCUACUUGGCUUUAGAAAUUGGUCCUGAGCCAAGCGUGGUCACAUAUAGUACUUUGAUCCGCUCUUGCUGUAAAGAGGGCAGAUUGGAUGCUGCAGUUAAGAUUUUUGAGCUGAUGGUGGAGAAGGGAACAAAUCCUGAUUUGAUAGUUUAUGCUAUCCUCAUAGAUGCAUUCUGCAAGAAAGGCAGAAUGGAGGAGGGGAAUGGUCUUUUUCAUAGGGCAGUAGGCGAUGGACUCAAGCCAGAUGUGGUGGUCUUCAGUUCGCUCAUGGAUGGGUAUGUUAGACUCAGGGAUGUAAAGAAGGCCUUUGUGUUUUAUAAGAGAAUGGUGGAUGAUGGUGUGGCACCCAGUUCCGUGACCUACAGCAUUCUGAUCCACGGGCUGUGUCAGGAUGGUCGAGUUGCCGAGGCUUAUGGAGUUUUAUCUUUGAUGGUGAAGAAGCUGCUUGAGCCAAACAUUUUAACAUAUAGUAGCCUAAUUGAUGGCCUCUGUAGUGAUGGGAACCUGAUAGAAGCAUUUGAUCUAUAUAAACAUGCGAUAAGGAUGGGCAACCAUGCUGAUGUAGUAGUUCAUGUUUUGCUUGUAAAGGGUCUCUGCAGGUGGGGCAGGAUUCGUGAUGCACUUAGGUUGUUUUUCAAGUUGGGCUUGGAAGCUAGCAUUGUUCCUUAUAAUGUGCUAUUGGAUGGAUGCUGUAGCAUGAAGAGACUCGGAGAUGCAGUCAGAAUAUACAGACUAUUGGGAGCAAAUAAUAUUAAAGCAGAUAUAGUUACUUUUACUGUGCUUAUCAAGGGAAUGGCAAAUGAAGGGAGAUUGCAUGAUGCAACCAACUUAUUCUUUCAAAUCCUGAAAAGGGGCAUAAUCCCAGAUGCUUUAACGUAUUGUAGCUUAAUUGACUGUUUGUGUAAACAUGGUAAUUUGAUUGUUGGUUUCAAAAUUUAUGAGAUGAUGCUAAGCAAUGGUGUUGAGCCUGAUAUAUUUAUUUAUAAUGUUCUCAUCAAUUCUCUUUUCAAGGAGGGUCAAGUGGAAGGGGCGUUGAAAUUGAUUACCCAGCUAACAAAACUUGGAUUGAAGCCUGACAUCGUGACUUGUAAUACAAUCGUCACUGGCUUGUGUUAUCUGGGAAGAUUGAAUGAAGCUACUGAAGUUUUUGAAAAAUUGAUUUGUAAAGCUUUUCAACCGAACACUGUAAGUUAUACAAUUCUAAUUCAUGCAUUUUGUAAAGAAGGCAGAAUGAAUGAGGCAAAGUUAUUGUUCGAUAAGAUGCUUGAUCAUGGUACCUGGCCUAAUGUGGUGACCUAUAGUUGCUUGGUAGAUGGGUACUUUAAAGCUGAAAGGAUGGAAAAUGCCAUGGAACUACAUGAAUUGAUGUUACAACAUAGAAUCCACCCUAACAUUGUUGGUUACAGUGUCCUGAUCGAUGGAUUUUGCAAGCAAGAACGGCUGGAGGAAGCUUCACUGGCUUUUCACUGUGCUAUUAGCAGGGGCUUGUUGCCUGAUGUUGUGGCAUACAGCAUUUUGAUCUGUAAAUUCUGUGUGGUUGGAAGAUUAGCUGAAGCCAAUAUGUUUUAUGAGAGAAUGAUUGAAGAUGGUGUCAAACCAGACAGUUACUUGUAUAAUAAAAUUUUGCAAUGUUUGAAAACACAUGAUUGUACGGUAGUUGCUGGUCAGUCAAAUAAUAUGCUUUAGAAAAGUAAGUAUU